AUAAACAGCGAGGAGAUGCCCCGCGAUCGCUGAUUCUCCUGUUGGUUAGCGGAGCGACGGAUUUUCAAAUUUCCCGCCGUUUUUUUCUAUCGAAAGCUCAAUUUUUUCACUCGACCAAGCUUCAGUGUAUAACUGAAUUUAUAUAGGAGUGCAAACGGUUCAAGCGCAGAUGAGAGAAGGAACGACUACGAGGAGAAGAGACACACGCGGAAGUGAAGGAGCAGCACCGCUCGGAUAAGUGCAGGCCUAGAGCAGCGUCUAACGGACGGCGCACUGUUUGUAAACUUGCGGCCGAGACGUCCUCGUCGCAACAAGUAUAUCGCAUACGGACCGUAGCUGUAGUCGCUGCGAACGACGUCACCGCGAGGACAUGGCGAGGAACAUCCCGAGGAUGGUGGGGAUGGCAGCGCUGCUGCUGCUCCUCUCCGGCACCGCCACCGCCACCUCCUAUCCGUCUGCCGAUCAAUACUCGCUGCGAAAUCACUAUCGAAUCACGAGGCGCAGCGCCGGCCACGAGACUCUUCCGACCGUCGCUACAGACCACGACGAGGACGAGCUGGAGAGACGGAGGCAGGCGGUCUCGCUGACGGAGCUGCUGGAGCUCUGGGAGCCGGAGCGUCGAGAGGAUGAGAGGCGUCCGCUGCAGAGGGGCGACAUCGAGGUGACGACCAGGGGAGUCGAGCGCGGCGACGUGCCAGUGAUCGGUAAGAGGAAGAAACUCGCGAGGCGCCAGGCUCCCAUGUGGGGCUACGCCGAGGACGAGGGGAUGCUGCCGAGCGACGAGGAGGCCAGACCAGCGGCUCUGCAUCCCCACAGGAAGCACCACCGUAACCCCGGACUCAUCGAGACGGACGCGGGCAACGGCCCGAUCAGGUGGAGGGGGCCCGAGGAGGAGACGAGACAGAGGACCGCGCUGAAGGUCGACAGGAGGAGGUUCAACGGCCAGCCGAGCGACAGGCAGAGGUACGACGAGGAGGAGCAGAGACGGAGGCUGUACGAGAUGAGACGGACGCCGGAGGAGACGCAACGGCGAGACGGUCCGGACGCCGGCAACGAGGGCGAGACACGCAGGAGGCAGGAGGAGCAACAGCGACGCGAGAACCCGAGGCAGAACGACAAUCGCGCGGACGAAACGAGACGGCGUCAGGAGGAGGAGGAACGACGAAGGGCGGAUUACGAGGCCAGACGCCGGGAGCAGGAGCAGCAGCGACCGAACGAUAACGACAGGCGCGAGCAGUCCGACAUCCGCGAGGAGGACGAAACGAGACGAAGACAGGAGGAGGAGGAGGAACGACAACGAGCCCUCGACGCGAGACGCCGCGAGGAGGAGCAGAGACAGAGGGGGCGCAACCCUCCGGCUGACGAGGGCGACACCUACGAGAAGCGCAUGCAGGAGUGGCGCAAGAAGAAGGAGGAGCACGACCGUCUCGUGCGGGAGCGCGAGCUGCAGCGACAGCAGCAUCAUCCUCAGCAGGUAGAUCCAGCAGCUCAACGACCCGAAGCCCAGACCAAGAGCCAGGAGGAGCUGGAGAACGAGCGGAAGCUCCAGGAGUACAUCCGACGCAACACACCGAUCGCGGUGCCCCCUAGCGGCAGCAGAGAUCCGGCGUCCGAGAGGCUCCGCGAGAACGAGCAGGUGCGUCGAGCCGAGCACGAGCGUCGUCUGGAGGAGGAGCGUCGCAGGAAGCAAGUCCUGGAGGAGAGUCGACGCCUGGCCGAGGAGGAGCGCACGAGACGGACGCACGAGGGCGAGGACGCCGGCCGGAACAGGACGAGACACAGAGGGACUUCCCCGGUACGGCCGCGUUGGCCCGCCAUCAACCCCGCCGUCACCAGCAGGACACCUCUUGAGAGCAGCAGACGACCAAUCCCGCAGAGCAGGCCCGAGGAGGGCGAUGGAAGGUACCUCGAGUCCCGCAGAAACGAGGCGGCGGCAGCAGGCUUGAACAGCCGUAGGCCAUCAUCGGAAGCGGAGAAGGAGGAGGAACGACUGAAGAGGCUCAAGGGUCUGCCCGUGAGCGCGACGAUAAUUGUUCGCUCGACCGACACCGGCGCUAACCGCACCAGCACGCCGCCGCCGGCGCUGAAUCUCCGAUUCGGGGAAGACAUCGAUUUUCCGGGUUUCAGUCCUAACCGUAGGGGUCCCGAGGCCUCGCGGUUCCCGGCCCCUGUGACGAGGCGUCCGCCCGUGCCGUCGCCCCAACCGUGCGUCUGGGCCAUCGUCGUCUGCUGUCAGCAGCACCGGCAGCAGGCAGCCAACCAGGCGAUGAAGAUAACUCGCUGCUUCGAGGCUACCAACUGUCCGGGCGCCAGCUGGGACGUCGACCGUCGUUGCAGCGUGGCCAACGUUCGCGCCGCUAACGAGGAGAUCCGCGAGUUCUACCUCAAGGGCCAGGAGAGGAACUACUAGAUAUUACAUGUAUAAUUAUAUAUCUAUCUUUCCGAGUAAUCGUCCAUGUACUUUAUGUUGCUGCGACAGUAUUCUAAUUCUACUUACACGUAAACGUUUAAUUUUUGUAUUCCAAGCGCGAGCCAGCUCACAUUUAGCUUUAAAGUGUGUAUAACGACGCGUAUAUUCUAGAUGAAAAGUGUACGAUAAAAAAGGAAAGAGAAAAAUAAAGCGCCGCUGUGUAUAGGGGAAAAAAG